AUGUUUAAAAUUAUUCUGUUUGUGUUGAGCUGCUAUUAUUUGGCGUUCGUUUGUGCUGAUGUGGUGGCAGCUAACAAGGAUGUUGCCACUGCCACGCCGCUGUACACCAUUGAGGGUUACAUUUUGCCACCGAAUCGUAACUUGGGCCUGACCAACCGCUGGCUGGCGGACAUCACGCUGGCCAUCAAUGGCGGCGAGUACAAGGGAUUCGUGCGCAUCGAUGGCCGAUUUCGGAUCAGCGGAGUGCCCUAUGGCAGCUAUGUGGUGGAGGUCUACCAUCCGGAUAUCUACUUCCGUCCCGUGCGCGUCGAGAUCAAUGCGAAGGGCAAGUACAGGGCUCGGGCGGUGAGCUAUGUGAUGCCGGGAGCCAUUUCACAGAUUGCCUAUCCACUGCGACUGCCGCCAGUGAAGCGUCGCAAAUUCUUUACGGAACGUGAACAGUGGCGUUUCGUUGACUUUGUCCUGAAUCCCAUGAUCCUGAUUAUGCUGGCGCCCGUCCUGAUGCUCAUGAUUGUGCCACGCAUCAUACGCGAUCCCCAAACGAAGCGCGAACUGGAAAAUAUGCAAUUUCCCAAGGUGCCCAACAAUAUGCCGGAUCUCAGCGAUAUGCUCACAUCUCUGCUUUCGGCCAAGCAACCCGCACCACCCACACCCGAGAAGACCACAGCCAAGAAGAUCUGCCACAGUUGCACAACGAAACAAAACAAGAAGAAGCGUUGA